UCUGGUGCUAGGAGCUCCGGGGCCCCACUGUUACGGGACACUGUUGCACCUUCUCUCUUUUCUUUCUUUCUUCUAGCAGUCCCUUUUUUAUUUUUUUUGUGUGAAGAUGUCUUUUUCUUGCGACCAGUCCCUGGACGGCAGCUUCCCUCCCUCCCCGGCAGAGGACAGGGGCGCACAGCGGCUGUCCUGGGGCAGCCUGCUGCACAGGCUGGCCGAGCUGAAGGGGGCCAACCAGCAGGUCCCAGCAGAGCAGGGCUGCAGGAGCGAGUCCGGAUCUUUAGCAGACAUGUCUCUCUCAGAGUCUGACAGCAGCCUCUUCUCUGACCCCCUGGAGGAGGCCCUAGCCACAGAUGUCCGUGCAACUAUCACACAAAGCCUCAACAAUGCCUCCCACAUCCUGGGCUGCUCCAAACUCAUCCUACCCGACUGUCUCUUGCACAGCAUCAGCCAGGAGCUGCUCCACCUGGCCACAUGCGAGCCCUGCGGCCUCAGGGGAGCGCUCAUCGACCUGUGCGUGGACAGGGGGGACCAGGGCUCCUUGUGCACUGUGGACCAAAUAGCAGUAGAUGCUACCCUGGUCCCAACCUUCCACGUGACCCUCGUGCUCAGACCCGAGUCCAGCGGGUUGUGGCCGAGGGUUCAGAAGCUCUUCAAGGGGAGCAGGUCCCAGCAGGCGUCUGGGACGCCUCUGGGGCCCCGGAGCACUCUGAGGCUGAGCAGGCAAUUCAGGGCCAUCAAGAGGAAACUGUAUAGUUCAGGGGAGCUGCUGAUUGAAGAGUGCUGCUGACCAAGCACUUCUCUCCUGGAUGAGCUGAACCAAAUUCAUGUUGAGCAUGAAAAAGAAGCAAUGUAACGUCAAUCGGCACCGACCAGAUUGCCCUGAAACAACACGUACAUCUCUGUGGGUGAACGUGUGACAAAGGUUUUCCUGGAACCAGCUAAAGUCAUGUGGCUGCUACUCACCUGUCUGAAGGUGAAUCAACAGUGAAGACUCAUGUUUGAACAUGGGUCGCUUCCUUUCCUAUGAAUGUAAAGUCACACCCUGAAGGGAACUGGCUUAAGUAUUUGAUAGUCAAAUAUUAUCAACCAAACUUGUGUUGUUUUGUACAUGACUCAAGGAACAUUAAGAAAUAAAUUAUUUUCUACUGAA